GGCCCAUACCGGAAGUGUGUUUCUAGUUACCCGAGCAACCGCAUCCCCCCACCCUCCCCGCUAUCCCUGUCUCCCCGUGGAAAACUUAGACCCUGCUCUCCCACGGUCCAAGAUCAGGAAGCGGCGUGCCCACGAGUUUGCGAGCCCAUCUGGACUUUCACCAUCAGAGAUGGCCACAAAGAUGUCAACAUCGAAAGCUGCCAUGUUUUGGUAUUCUCAUCCAGUAUAUGGAAGAUACUGGCACCAUUAUCGUCAAGCCAUGGCUUGGAUGCGAAACCACCAGAUCGCCUACAGGAAGGCCGUGGGAGCCUACUUCAGUUUCCCGUGGUACUUCCCAAAUGCAGUUGCUCCCCAAGCCUCUUACGGUAACAGUGCUGGAUAUCCUCGGUCCUAUGACCAUCACAAGGCCUGGCAGGAUGCCCACUGUAGUUAUUCCCGUGACAGAAGGUCUGGGCGGCCUCUUCGUGACAGCAGUAGGAUCCGGCCCCCCACCAGAAAAGACCAAGCUUUGUUGGAAGAGGAGGAGGUCGAGAUGGAGUCAGAUGAUGAGAUAGAAUAUGACCUGAGCAAUAUGGAAAUCACCGACGAGCUCCGCCAGUACUUUGCAGAGACGGAGAGGCACAGAGAAGAGCGACGGAGGCAGCAGCAGCUGGAAGCAGAGCGCCUGGAUGAGUAUGUGAACGCCGACCAUGACCUGUACUACAACAACCGCCGGACCGCAGAGCCCCCAACCGAGAGGCCGGGUGAGCGGCGCCAGGCUGAGAUGAAACGCUUGUAUGGGGACAGUGCCGCCAAGAUCAUGGCCAUGGAGACUGCAGUGCAGCUGAGCUUUGACAAGCACUGUGACAGAAAGCAGCCCAAGUACUGGCCUGUCAUUCCCCUGAAGUUCUGAGUCCUGGCACCGGGCCCCCAGGGCAUGCUUCCCAAACAGUCCCCAGCCUCACCCGCUUCCUUUUGGAAAUAAACUCUUCAUCUCUCCUGUGCAUUUCUCAGGGAAAGAGACCUUA